AUGCCUAUCCGGUUUCCAAGUAAAGUUCAUACAAUGAUGAAUCAACCAGUUCCAGUGAUGAUGUUUCAAAGCAAUUCUCCAGCUUUCCCGUAUAUGUCAAACCACAGCUCAUGUUCAAAUUUCAAGAAUGAGAGUGAGGUUUAUGGAAAAAAAGCUACAAUCGAUAAUGGAAGAUAUAGAAAGAUCAAUUCCAAUGAGUAUUCUUGUAGCACGUAUCAAUCCAGCGAUUACCGUUCAAAGCCACGCUGGGAAAACCACAACACAAAAGGGUUGAAAUCUAGUGAUGAAAGUCUAAACUUUAUUUCGGAUGGCAACUCAAGCACUCCCAAGAAGCAGAAGAUUGCAACAAAAAGCAGUGACACAAAAACCUUAGCAAAUCCACUAUCAACGGUGCCUAGUGGCAAGCAUGAAAAUGUUGAUACCCAUAAUGUGUUAGAUGGAUUGGAUAAUUUGGAUAUGGACUUUUCUGAUAAUACUAUUACCGUUGCUUCAAUUACUGAAACUCAAGAUGCGCAAAAAUUGAAGGAAGACAUUAAAAAUGAAUUCAAAAAUAGUGUCCAACUGAUUGCUAAGAAGACCCAAAUUAGUUCGUCUCCAGAAGUGCCCAAUGAGAAACUAACAGAGGAAAAAGAAAAUUGCAGAUACGGAAAGGAUUUGGUAGAAAAAGUAGCUCUAAACGUUAUUGGUAAUGAAAAGGAUAAUGAGGCUAAGAUUUCAUCAAAGGUAAGUCACUUUCCUUCAUGUCCGCUUCCAACGCUUUCCGGAGGCUGGCCUAAAGCUCCUACGGUUGAUAAUCAGUAUAAUGUGCCAUUAUACGACAUGAAUGAAAAUUCCUAUCCAAGAUUUAUGGCAAGCCCACUUUUUGGAAAUCCAAUCUGGAACAACCCAAACGCUUUCACCAAUAGUGCUAGAGAUAAUUGA